AAAUAGGUCAUUUAUUAAAAGAAAUUUGGAUGAAAGAAUUAGUUGAUAACAAAGAAAGAAAAAUUGAUAUCAUGCCAUGUAUAUCAAAAGCUACACUUGAUAUUAUUGGAAAAGUUGGCUUCAAUUAUCAAAUUAAUUCUUUAACAUCUGAAAGCGAACUUGCAUCAGCCUACAAUAUGCUUCUUAAUAUUAAUUCGGGGAAAUCAUUGAAUAAAGCAUCAAAAAUUAUUGAAAAAGAAUCAGCAAAGUUGGUGAAUGAGGGUUUAGAAAAGGCCAAACAGGGAAAUUUACAGGGAAAUGAUAUUUUAUCUGUUCUGAUAAAAAUGAAUGAAGAAGAAAAAGAUAAUGAGAAAAUGUCUUUUGAUGAACUUAAAUAUCAAAUAAUGACAUUCCUUGCAGCAGGUCAUAGAACUUCAA